AUGGAGAACGUGGAGGUGAUCAACGGGUACCUUCAGAGCCGUGGGAGCUUGGUGCAGUGUGCUCUCACCGAGUCCAAGGGCCGAAUCCUUGUGGCAUCAAGGGACUUUGAAAGUGGAGACGUCAUCUACACCGAGCCGCCGCUGCACAUCAUCGAGGAAGAUGAGAAUAGUGAACUUUUCCGGCAGUUGGAGCAGUUCGCUUUGGUGCAUGACCUUUGCUAUAGUGCGCGGUGGUGCUGGUGCGCUCUCAACUCCUUGACAGCUGGUGACCUCGAGCAGCUUCCUUUGCGGUGCUCCCUUAUCUCGGAAGGAUUACAACGCCAGCUCCUGUGGCUUUGUGCACCUGAUGAGAAUGACUCGGCAGCGCUGCCUGCCAUACAGCAGCUGUUGCUGGACCUGGGAAUGACCACAGAUUUGACGGAUAAAUUUUGGCGGCUGCUGCAAGUUUGGAAAUACAACAGCUUCGAGUACAGUGACGACCCCGUUGCCUCCGCCAUUUACUUGCAGGCGUCUUUCCACUCACACGACUGCAAUCCAAACUCCAACUGGGUAGCUGAUGAGCAACUGGUCCUCCGUGCUCGCAGACCAAUUGCUGACGCUUGA